AUGCCGCUAGACGAUCAGGGUUUGGGAGGGUCAUCUAGCCAAAGGUCACCUUCCAUCCCGUCAGUUGACGAAGUCCGGGACUGGGACCUGUUCGUUGAAUAUACAUGGUCGAAGCCAGCUGCUCCCAUUGAAAAGAACCUCUUCAAAUGGCACUCCAUCUUCGAGCUACUUGUUCACCUGCAGCACUUGAUCUUGCGAUGGAUUUCACAGCUUCUGGGACAGACCGUUUUCAAACAUGCAGCCUUUCUUACUGUAUCAGAGCACCCUAAUGACGUAAAUAGCAUUGGCAUCGUCUGGGAACUGGGCACCGAAACCGGCGGAGACGAAAAGGGGGUCAACAUCACACCAAUGGUAUCUUAUUUCACUCAUAACAAGAUAUCCCGGACCAAGAUGCCGGAAGACUGGGAAAAUCUCUUCAGUGGAAUGGACCUAGGGGACCCGGAAUUUUACCACAAGUUUCGACAGUACAGGAAAGCCGGAACAGUCAAGACUUCCAUGACAAAUAUCCAUGAAACAGAUCAGCGGCAAUGA